AUGGGUUUAAGAUCCUCUCCCAUGCCGGAGAUUCUGAAGCCCUUUCUCACACACUCAGAGAAACUGGGAGAAACAGAAGAACCAAGAGAGAAACAGAAAAACCAAGAGAACCAGGAGAACUUAUGUAACCAGGAGAAUCUAGGGAACCAGGAGAACCUAGGGAACCAGGAGAACCUAGGAAAUCAGGAGAACCUAGGGAAUCAGGAGAACCUAGGGAACCAGGAGAACCUAGAAAAUCAGGAGAACCUAGGGAACCAGGAGAACCUAGGAAACGAGGAGAACCUAGAGAACCAGGAAAACCUAGGGAACCAGGAGAAACUUAGAAACCAGAGGAACCUAGGGAACCUGGAGAACCAAGGGAACCGGGAGAACCUUGGGAACCAGGAAAACCUAGGGAAUUAUGAGAACCUAGGGAACCGGGAGGACCCGAAGAAUCAGGAAAACCUUGGAAACAAGGUGAACUAG